GUACCAAAUCCACAUGGUGUGACAGCUAAACAAAAUGAUGCCAGGUUCAAAGAUAGUUCUUCCAAGCUCUAAUGUUGAUGAUUAUACUGCAAUAGAUCUUCAUAGCACGGUGUCACGUAUUUUAAACCCUACAAAUGCAAAGGGUGGCAAAGAAAUCUACAAGAGUGAGAAUUGUCCGAGUUGGUGGCCGAAUGAUGUGCUGUUUUCUCCUGUGUUAGUGCCAGUUGUACACCUGAGAAAGAUUUUGGCAGCUUUUCUGGAGAAAUGUCCUGAGCAGUACACAAUAUUAUCUCUAGUUGAUCAGCAAAACUCUGCCUCGGCAGUUGAAACUGAUCAACCAGAAGACCCUGCAGUUGGUACAAGGAUGACAAAGAUGGUUCUUCCAAGCUCUGAUGCUGAAGAAUAUUCUGGAAAUAUUCUCCGUGACACAUUUUCACGUAUUGUGAACCCUAAAGGUUUGAAAAGCGUAAGCUUCCACAGUAGUGAAAAUUGUCCAAGUUGGUGGCCAAAAGAUGUGGCGUUUUGUAUUCUGUCAGGGCCAAAGGCUACCAUGAAUGGUAUCACUGCUGAACACCAGAAAAAAGUAUUGGCAGCUUUCCUGGAGAAAUGUCCGGAGCAGUACACAAUAUCACCUGGGAAAUUGUUACUCAAUCCCCCCUCUUCCCCACUCGUUGGUGAUAAUCAACCAGUAAGAGAAGUCAGCCCACAAAGUUCCUCUGAAAGUGAUCAAGAAGAGCCUGUAGGAAUGAACCAAACACCACCUACUGGAACUAAUCGUACCCGAUCAGUUGGAGCUACAAUCAGCACUGCUGCACAACAUGCAAGCCCAAAGCUUAUCCUACCCAGCUCUUGUGCAAAUUACUAUGAUCAACCUGCUCUCAUUUUGCUAAUUCGAAAGAUUUUGAAUCCCCUGCAGCUGCAGGGAAGAAAAUUCACGUACUUCCAUGCUAAUUGUCCCAGCUGGUGGCCGACUGAUGUACCAUUCAUUAAGGCGGAAGAUAUGAAAUCUGAAAUCAGGAGAAAAGUACUGACAGCUUUUAUGAAGAAAUGCCCUGACCAGUACACAAUAUCACCUCCAGUUGAUGAGCAAAACUCUGCCUCAACAGUUGAAACUGACCAACCAGAAGACCCUGCAGUUGGUACAAAGAGAGCCACGAUGAUGUCGGCAUGCUCAAAGAUAGUUCUUCCAAGCUCUAAUGCUGAGGAAUAUUCUACAAUCAUUAUUCGUGGCAUCAUUUCGCGUAUUGUGAACCCUAAAGGUUGGGUUAGCAGAAAUAUCUACGCGAGUGACAAUCGACCAAGUUGGUGGCCAAAAGAUGUGGCGUUUACUUCUCCAACAGGGCCCAAGGCUGUCGCCAAUGGCAUCACUACUGCACCCCUGAGAAAGGUAUUGGCAGCUUUCUUUGAGAAAUGUCCUGAGCAGUACACAAUAUCACCUCCAGUUGAUCAACAAAACUCUUCCUCGACAGUUGAAACUGACCAACCGGAAUUCCCUGCAGUUGGUAGAAAGAGACCCAGGAUAAUGCCAGGCUCAAAGAUAGUUCUUCCAAGCUCUAAUGUUUAUGAAUAUUCUGGAAACAUUCUUCAGAGCUUAAUAUCACGUAUUGCAAACUCUAAAGGUGUGAUUCUAUUUAGCUACAGUCUGAAUUCUGAAUUUCUUGUAGGUUGGACGGGCAGAAAUGUCUACACAAGUGGUAAUCGUCCAAGUUGGUGGCCAAAAGAUGUGGCGUUUGCUUCUAUGACAGGGCGCAGAUCUAUUGCCACUGCUAUACACCAGAGAAAGGUAUUGGCAGCUUUCCUGGAGAAAUGUCCUGAGCAGUACACAAUAUCACCUCCAGUUGAUCAACAAAACUCUGCCUCGACAGUUGAAACUGACCAACCGGAAUACCCUGCAGUUGGUACAAAGAGACCCAGGAUAAUGCCAGGCUCAAAGAUAGUUCUUCCAAGCUCUGAUGUUUAUGAAUAUUCUGGAAACAUUCUUCAGAGCUUAAUGUCACGUAUUGCAAACUCUAAAGGUUGGACGGGCAGAAAUGUCUACACAAGUGGUAAUCGUCCAAGUUGGUGGCCAAAAGAUGUGGCGUUUGCUUCUAUGACAGGGCACAGACCUAUUGCCACUGCUAUACACCAGAGAAAGGUACUGGCAGCUUUCCUGGAGAAAUGUCCUGAGCGGUACACAAUAUCACCCGGGGCCUGGCUACUCAAUCCCACCUCUUCCCCACUCGUUGGUGAUAAGCAACCAGUAAGAGAAGUCGUCAGCCCACAAAGUUUCUCCGAAAGUGAUCAAGAAGAGCCUGUAGGAAUGAACCAAACACCACCUACUGGAGCUAAUCGUACUCAAUCAGUUGGAGCCACAAUCAGCACUGCUGCACAACAUGCAAGCCUAAAGCUUAUCCUACCCAGCUCGUGUGCAAAUGACUACUCUCAACCUAGUCUCAUUUCGCUAAUUCGAAAGAUUUUAAACCCCCAACGGCGACACUUCAUAUACUCUAGUGCUAAUUGUCCCAGCUGGUGGCCGACUGAUAUACCAUUCAUUAGGGCGGAAGAUAUGGAAGCUAAGGACAGGACAAAAGUACUGACAGCUUUCCUGGAGAAAUGUCCUGACCAGUACACAAUAUCACCUGCAGUUGAUCAGCAAAACUCUGCCUCGAUAGUUGAAACUUACCAAUCUGAAGACACCAUCGUUGAUGUACAAAUGAAUGCAAAUGAAUCUGAUGUUGAAUCUGAUGCUAGCAUACCAAGUGACCCCGAAGACCUGGUGAAUAGUCUAGAGCAGCACCUUCUGGAUUCUAGGAAAAGAAGGCUCGAGGCUGAGAGGAAAGUUGAGGAGCUGACGGAAGAAGUCAAACAUCUCAGAGAAGAAAGGAAGUAUAUAGGUUCUAUUGUGAAACGAUCACGACUCCAUCACUAGCACUAGUGUUUAGUCCCUCAUACCUAACUGUCCAUUAAUUUUGUAACAUCAAGAUCACAUUUUGGUCACCUUCCUGGUCAUUCAUCCAUGGUGGAUUAAGUUUUCACAUUUCUAGCUAAAAUAGUUUGUUGUAUUCUCCAGCAUUGCUCACUCUCAUUCUUGUAUGUACAUUUGACAUCGAUAAAUUGCAAAUGACAUAUAAUUAGCAAUAA